GGCAUUAACAUGCAAAAAACAACACAAGUCACGGAAAACCAAAUCAUGCCAAAAUAAGGAAUCCACAAACAGUUUUGGGAAUUAACCGGGAAUGAUGCGUCGGGCCCGUGCAGGCGUGCCAACCUGGCGAUGGGCAGAGGUUUAGAAAGAGUGGGGGGACAACAAUGGAAAAGUUGUGUUUGUGAACAGGUUGGGAAAGUUUGGGCCAAAAAAAAAAAUUGUAGCGCUUUUCCUCCUUGCACGGAUGUGGUUUCAGGAAUCGACAACAUGCUGCGGGAGGAAAUGGACCGCAACCCCAAAAGGUGCUUGGAUUUGUAAUAUCCGUGUGGAGUUGAAAAUGUGUGUGUGAAAUCUAACAAAGAAAAGACAUGAACAAUGGCUGAAAGAGAGAGGAAGAAUGCGGCUGUGUAUCGCAGCGUCUCUUUCAAAAAGUUGGGGUCCUGGAGCGCCAGCAGGAGUGAAGACCAACAACACAAAUCAGAGGAUUUGGAGGCAGCUGGCGUCGCCCUUCCCCCGGAGCCCAGCAAAGCGGAGCAACCUUUAGCGACGCGUAAUGUCAGCGUGUCAAGAAAAGUUUCCAAAAUCUGUGCCACCACCACCGCCGGCCUCCCAACCGCAGAUUCAAAGAGAGGCUCCUCCAGUUCUCUCUCCUCUAUUUCUCCAUCCAUUCGCCAGCUCACAGAGAAGUUCAGCAGCAGUGGCUCCGCCGGGACGCGCAGAGGCUCACCGGGAGACGGCGCAGCGGUGACGAGGGGGAGCAGCACUCUUCCCCGGGCCAGGGGCUCCAGGAGAGACGGGUCUCCGUCUUGUAAAUCUUUUCACGAAGAAGGCGGCGGUGGUGGAUAUUUACAGGAUAGCGACACGACUACUGCGGAGUCUCUCACAGACAACAAAGUGCAAAAGUUUCUCUCUGGCACUGACUCUGUUUCAGGCUCGGACUCGGAGAGGAAGAGUGAGAAGCGGAUUUUUACACGUUUAUCCACCGACAGCAGCAGCAACAACUCUGGUAAGAGAGAUUAUUCACAGAUCAAUGCAUGUCCCUCUGAUCCCAGAAAGACUCUGACUACUGAUGAAGAAGAGGAUGUUGCUAGUAGAGGGGUUCCUCCACCCUGUAAGUCUCACAGAAGUUAUCUUACACACCACAGUGACUUUAUUCCCCUGCACCCUGACAAGUGGCCCAGUGUCACCAAAAUUAGACAGAUUUUUGAUGAGAGACAAAGCAAAGCUACGCUGCAGCACAAGACCGACGCUGAGAAUUUAAAAGCGUCCAGCAGAGGCCAUCCACAGGAGCUCAGCCAGAGUGAGAGUGCUCCUCUCUCGGAUAGAAGUGACAAAGUCUCACCUUGCAGCUCAGCUAAUGAAGCCAGUAGCCGGUCUUUGCAUGGAAAAUACACAGUAGAAGCACAAAGCAGAGGAAGCAGUACUGGUAAAGAGACUUUUUGUUACGGUAUGGACUUUAAUUCCAAAGCUGACCACCAGCAGUACUCAAAUGAUGAAGAGGCACACAUAGAGACACAAAGUUCGAAUAACAACAAAGUUAUUGGCAGAAAUACUGUUCAAAGCAGAAGCAGUUGCAGUCGCACUGGGGGUAGUCACUACCAUAGGAUUAACCCAUCUUCUUACAGAUCUCAUAGUCCCAGCACUGAGGCAGAGGCUGCCCAUAAGACCCCCAGGACGACAGGGUUGACAUCUGACCCUAGCCCUGACCUUCAACCCCCUGCUACUUCGUCUUGGAGUAGAUCGGAGGGCUUAGUCACCUCCUCCCGCUCCUCCUCUCCUCAGCAGCCGACAGUGAGGGAGAGAAGGGAUAGACAGGGGGUCGGGCUGCCCAGGGAUAGUUUACAUUCCUCACAUAGCUCCUCUAGAGCGCCAGCCCCCACCUCCUCCUCCCCCUCCUCUGCUCCAGCUCCAGAUAAAGCCAUUACCUCCUCCUCCUCCUCUACUGUAGCUCCCUCCACUGAGCUAAGAGCCCCAGCAAGAGUUGCCUAUCCCCUCCGUUCCCGCUGGAGGUUUAGCUCUGGAGACGAAGAGGAGGAGCACACCAGGAGAAAAAGAGGAGGUGGAGGUGGUUGGAGUGUUCCUUCCGGCCCUGCUCCUUCUAUCUUCUACAGAGCAGGAGAGAGGGGCACCACAGAGCGAGGGGGCAGCUAUUUAUCCCGCAGUAAAAAUGGCUGGUGGGGUGCUAAGGGCAUUGGUAGGUCCUCAGGCAGUGAAGAGGACAGCCCUGGUUCCUUAGGCCCUCACAGUCGAGAGGCAGUGCGCCGCCGCUCACUGAGAAAGAAGAAGAAGGUCAGUGGAGCUGCUCUAGCAACAGGCCGUGAUGAUUAUGAGGAUCAUGAUGGCGAAUCAGAAGACAGCGACAGUGACACAGCCUUGACAAUGGACCACUUAGAGAGGCACCAGCAGCAUAACACAGGAGGAACAGCAUCUCGGAGCCACUCUGCGAGAGAACCCGGCAAUCAUAGUAACAGAGCCAGGGUCCAGCAAUGGGAGCGCAUCUCCUCACCUGUGACUUCCACGACACUUCCUGGAGUAUCACGAGUGUCAAAGGUCAAUAUUCCCCCAUUUGCUUCCAGUCCUGGUGGUUCUCGUUGCAGCAGCCGAUACUCUAGCACUGAAACGCUAAAAGAGGAGGACCAGGCUAGUUGUGCCAGCCGUGCAGCAAAUAAUAGAACUACUUCCUCGUCCAUGCUGAGUAAAACGUACCAUGGGAAUUUCACCAUGUACCGAUCCCCAAGCUUUGGCCAUGGGGAUAACUUCUCCCGUAAUCCUGUGCGGGUGCGCCCCAAGAUUGUGCCUUCCGUCAACCCCUUACCUAGUGUACUUGCCAGAGAAAGUGGGGCAUCUACAGGGGUUAGGGGCGGUGAGACUGUGGCAUUAAGGACAACAUCAGGUGGGGAUAGGGUAGAUGAUAAUGAUAAAAACCGAAUAUCCAUAUCCAACCCUGAUAUCACCUCAGAAACAAUGUCACUCUUAAGCUUUCUAAAAUCUGACCUGUCAGAGCUCAAGGUGCGCAAAACAAGUGGAGACAAAUCUGGGGCUGUUGAGGGGUCAUCAGUUUACAGGAUGGGCUCACGGACUCAUGGCGGGACACUUCUGCCUUCUGGUCGUCGCCCAUCCCUGAAAGACCUGACCGCCACCCUGCGGCGUGCAAAAUCCUUCACUUAUUCAGACAAACCCACAACAGCUGUGAGGUGUUACUUGACAGGUGGCACCACGAAGAGGAGCUCCUCUGAGCAGCAGCUUGACUUUGAUGGAGAGAGGGAUGGAGGGAGGGUGUCUGUGUCGGAUAGGGAGGUAGAAAGUGAUGGGGGUGAUUUUAGGGUUGGGAGAGGACAAAGAAUGAGGGAUUAUAGAUUCGAUGAUGAUGAAGAAGUGAUGCCUCCAUUGCAGGAGAGGUAUGUGCAGGAAGCCAGGAAGGUCAUUCAAGAUAUCUGCCAGAUGAGUACUAGGGAAGAUGAUGAUGAUGUAGAUUUAAGGAGAACUGAUGAUGAUUUAGAGGAUGAAUGUUUCCAGGUCAAGAAAACAAACGAGGAGAAGGAUAAAGCCGGAGUAAGCGUUAAGGAUGAGGCAAGCACAGCUCAAGAGGCUGAGUUUAAAAACACAAAAGACAGGGAUAAACAUGAGAGGGAGAGAGAGAACAGGGAGAGGGAGAGGAGCGAGAGGGAUGGACAAAGUAUGCAGUUGGAGAAGCUAAACAGCAGGAGCACAGAGUACAGGGAGAAGGAAACAAGACAGAGCAGAGAGACAGAGAGAGCUUUACUGAAGGGUGACUCUGAGGAAAGCAUGUUCUACGACCGCUCUGUGGAUGAACUUUCAGGCCAUGAGUCUAGUUUAACAGAUGAAGGGAUUGUGACAGAGCCAGAAACAGGCCCCACUGACCCCCCUGAGAGGUCAUUCUUAGGGUCGGCAGGGGUUAAUUUGGGGUCACGAAUUGCUAGGGAUGUACUAGGGCAAUCAGCUCUCCAUGAGGCAGAAGGGUUUAAGCAGGAGAGAGAAGAGGUGACAGAGAACAGCGUGAAUUGUACAAAUCGUCUGAAUGAAGUCGGUGUAACUCCCUCCCUGCCUCUUCCUGCCCGUAUGGCUGAGAGUGACAGUAUCAUCAUGGAGCUGAGCGGCACCGCUGGUAUCAACAAUGUUAACGCUUCAACGGAGGAGAUGAACGCCAACAGCACCGCAGGAGGAGGAGGAGGACUUGAAGCCCCUGCAACCCCAAGUGCUAUCCGUCGAAGGCGCAAGUUCUCCCCCUCUGGUAAUAACAGCACAGGAUCUGAUUCCAGUAAUGGCAGUAAUGUAGAGUCAACAAUAGCAGCUGUCGGAAAUGGGGAGUCCACAGUCUACCGCUCUCUUAGCGACCCCAUGCCUCAGCGGCGCUGCUCUGUGGCAGAAGAAGGGAAUAACAAUUUUUCCUCUGUAGACAGCAACCUGUUAGGAUCCCUGUCUGUCAAAGGAGGAGGAGGAGGAGGAGGAGGAGGUGCAACAGACGCCACCGUGUCAGAAUACAAGGGCAGUGUGGCCAGUGACUUGUCAGUUUACAGUGAUGGCGGGCUCCGUGAUGAUGGUGUUUGUGACUACAGUGGCGUCAUCAGGAGCAUCGUAGCUGAACCAGGUGCAAUGGACAGAUUGAUGACAGAUGACCAUGGCAAUGGCAAAGCUCCCAAGAAGAAGUCAUUCAGUGACCCCAGUCGCCGUGGUGAUGCCCCUUUACUUUCCCAGAAUGACCCUCAGUUUAAAGGUCAGACCGGCAGCACUCAGCCAAUCAUUGAGCUGGAUCAAUCUGGCCACAUCCCACCAUCCAGUAGUGAGCCAAUCCUGAGUGAGCAGAGAGAGGAACUGUGGGAGCCAGAAGUUAAGCCUAAACACUCAUUGCCGGCUCUGCCACAUCACCAUGCAGACAGCAGUAAUAAAGUCAAGAAAUCUCGUUCUCAGUCAGAAUGCACCCCCCACUCUGAUAACCACAAUUAUGAAGAUGAUGAUGUAAUAGACGAAGGUGGAGAAGAGAAAGAGGUGCAGAAGUUUAACUUUGACCUCAAGCUAGCUGGGGUUCUGUCCCCUAGAAUGGUUCGUCGGCCCUCCAGAAAGCGUCCCAACAGGCUGGCUCAGUUUUUCUCUCAUGAGGAUCCAUUUGAGCCCAAAGAACUGGGCUCACAGGAGCAGGACGAUAACAGCGACCUCACCCCUCCUCUCCCGCCUCCCCUACUGCAAUCCAAAUCCAAAACCAGAUCCAAGCAUGUCCGCCAUGCCAGCGAACCUGCCACUUUUAUCCCCAUCUCCCCACCUCCCCACCUCCAGCCACUGAAGGAAGCGGACUGCCUCGCCGUCCAACCCACCGCAGAGCCUCCAACCUUAAGUAAGCCUUCAGGAGAUGAGGCCCCAUCUCUGGAAGACGUGACUCAGAAAUAUAUUCUGGAACUGAGCAAUGCUGAGAGGGACACUGAGGGCCCAGGGCCUCAUCCAGCAGCCAGGGAUGGAGCCGAAGGUUCAGUGUCGGCUUCAGAGGGGCCCAGCGAGACCAGCACCAGUGGAAUUACAGAAACUGGACCACAGAAGAAGAGCACAGAGGAAACUGUGUCCACGGCUAUGCCACCGAGGACCAAGCCCAGAGUGGACAUGAGGAAACAUGUAAUGAUGACCCUCUUGGACACAGAGCAGUCAUAUGUGGAGUCACUACGCACUCUCAUACAGGGCUACAUGCGUCCUCUCAAACAGCCAGACAGCGGCUCCAUAGUGGACCCUCUGCUGGUGGACGAGAUGUUUUACCAGAUCCCAGAGAUCCUGGAGCACCACGAACACUUCCUGGACCAAGUCUCCGGCUGCGUCAGCCAGUGGCACGAUAGGCAGACCGUUGGACACAUCCUCAUCCAAUCAUUCUCCAAAGAGACUCUAGCUAAUAUGUAUUCAGCGUACAUCGACAACUUUCUUAAUGCCAAAGAUGCUGUGAGGAUUGCCAAGGAGGCCAAACCAGCUUUUCACAAGUUUCUGGAACAAAACAUGCGUGAGAACAAGGAGAAACAGGCUCUGGGUGAUCUGAUGAUUAAACCCGUCCAGAGGAUUCCUCGAUACGAGCUGCUGGUUAAGGACCUGCUCAAGCACACCCCAGAGGAUCACCCGGACCACUUGUACUUACUGGACGCUCAGAGGGACAUCAAGCGACUGGCCGAGAAGAUCAAUAAGGGCCGCCGCUCUGCUGAGGAGGCGGAGAGGGAGGCCAGGGUCAUCCAGGAGAUCGAGGCGCACAUAGAAGGAGUUGAACAUAUUCUGAACCCCCAGAGGAAGUUCUUGAGACAGGAAAUGGUCAUGGAGGCGAAGACAGUGGGUGGGAAAAAAGACCGUUCUCUCUUCCUCUUCAGUGAUCUGAUCAUCUGCACCACUCUCAAGAGGAAGUCUGGCUCAUUAAGACGCAGUUCCAUGAGCCUAUACUCUGCUGCGAGUGUGAUCGACACUUCCAGUAAAUACAAGUUUCUGUGGAAGCUUCCCCUAGAGGAUGUGGAGGUGGUGAAAAGCUCCACUCAGGCAACAAACAAGGAGAGCAUCCAGAAGAUGAUUAGUCGAUUAGACGAGGAUCUCAGCACUCUGGGUCAGAUCAGCAAACUGUCCGAGACCCUCAGCUUCCCACACCAGUCCCUCGACGAGGUAAUAAAGGAUCUGAUGGCGUCGGUGCACAGGGAGCUGUCAGAGAAGCAGUCUCUGGCCUUCAGCAUGACCUUUCUCCCCACAAAGCUCGAGUUUACCACAGCCUCGGCUGAGAGCAGCUUCGUCUUCGAGUUCACCUCGCCCGACACUCGUUCCAACUUUGAGCAGGCCUUUGAAGAAGCCAAGAAAAAGCUAGCAAUGAAUAAGGACCAGUGGGAACCAGAGUUUCUGAAGGCCAUCCCUAUUAUGAAGACACGUAGUGGGAUGCAGUUUUCGUGUGCCUCUCCCAGCCACAGCUGUCCUGACAGCGGCUGUGAGGUGUGGGUGUGUAACAGUGAUGGAUACGUGGGACAGGUGUGUCUGUUGAAUAUCAAAGAUGAGCCCACAGUGGAGGCCUGCAUCGCUGUCUGCUCAGCCAGGAUCAUAUGUAUUGCUGCGGUACCAGGACUCAAGGGAAGGGAGCGUGGAUCAGAGCCCACCAACGCCCCUACCUCCGGAGCACCCGGUCACGCCCAGCAGCAGCUCCAUAUAUCUAUCUCUCAUUCCUCUCUGGAGCUGACAGAGCAACCUACAGGACCAGGGGCGGAGCUUGUUCCAUUUGACAGUGAUGACACCGAUGACGAGGAUUCACCCAGCCCUUCCUCCACUCUACAGAGUCAGGCCAGUCACUCCACCAUAUCAUCCAGCUAUGGCAACGACGAGGGUCCAGGCUCCAAGGACAUGGCUACAGAGACCACCAGCAGCGAGGAGGAGCAGGAGUUCCCAGUGGCAAGCUCCUAUGGACCUCCAGGAAUGUUGGGGGUUGGUGGCGGAGGAGGACGCGCCCACACAGAGAGCCCCAUGGACGGCCGCGCCAUGCGGCGCUCCUCCAGGGGCUCGUUCACCAGGGCGAGCCUGGAGGACCUACUCAGCAUCGACCCGGAGGCCUACCAGAGCUCAGUGUGGCUGGGCACUGAGGAUGGAUGCAUCCACGUGUACCAAUCCUCGGACAACAUCCGUAACCGUAAAAACAGCAUGAAGAUGCAACACUCAGCUUCCAUCCUCUGUAUACUGUAUUUGGACAACAAAGUGUUUGUGUCCUUGGCCAAUGGAGAGGUGAUUGUCUAUCAGAGAGAAGCCGGUAGUUUCUGGGACCCUCAGUCUUCCCAGACGUUAGUUCUGGGCACGCCCAGUAGCCCCGUCACCAAAAUGGUACCUGUGGGAGGAAAGCUAUGGUGUGGCUCACAGAACAGAGUCCUUAUUAUCAACACAACUACACUGGUACAAGAGCACUGGUUCCAGGUGGGCACAGACAGCAGUCGGUGCGUGACUUGCAUGGUGGCGUACGGUCAGGGUGUGUGGUUGGCGUUGCAGGGCAGUGCCCAGGUCAGACUAUACCACGCUCAGAGCCGGGAGAGCCUGACAGAGGUGGACGUGGCGCCUGCUGUGCAUAAGAUGCUUGCAGGUGCAGAUGCGAUCAUCAGACAGCACAAGGCCGCCUGUCUGAGAAUCACUGCAUUGUUGGCCUGUAAAGAUCUGCUGUGGAUCGGCACCAGUGCAGGGGUGGUCCUUACGCUGGCAAUCCCAGCGGUGAGCUCAGGAACUGGCGCAGGGACGGUGAAAUCUCCACUGGCACCUAUGGGCUCGGCUCAUGGACACACGGGCCACGUUCGGUUCCUGACAUCAAUUGAACUACCGGAAGGGUUUGACAUGAACUUCCCUCCUACAACUGAUUCCACAGGCAACCAAUCCCAGAGUGGCAGUACAGUUGACGGGAACCUCCAAAGGCGCGACUCAGCACGUCGCCGAGCCUCUGCCCACAUCCCUAUAAAAACCAACCAUCUAGUAAUUUCCGGCGGCGAUGGCUACGAGGACUUCAGACUGACCAAUAGCAGUGAAACAGUUGGACGGGACGACAGUACCAACCAUCUUUUGCUUUGGAGGGUCUGAGACAAUCAACCUCGGUUUGAACUUCCUGCCCCAGCCUCCCACAAGCUGAGAAACGGCGCACAAGCUCUUGUCCUUUUCCCCCACCAGACUCCUCACUUUUUGGUGUUGUUGUUUUGGUCUUCUGCUCAGUCCACCAGUCUCUAUGUGCAUAAUAUGGCUGUCACCUCCCUCCCGGACUUACUAAUGAAUAUGAUCACUUCAAACCCAGUUUUCUUGUGUUAAUGUUACUGAUGGUGUGCGUUGUUCCCACUGGGUGGUGUCUGUGCGUGUGUAUUGUCUAGAAAAAGUGUCUUUAAACUCAAGUCUUUACUGAAGGAGUCGGAGAAGGGAAAAAACUUUCACACAUGGAUGUUUAGACUACAACAAGUGAAGAAAAGAAAGACAGAAGAGGACUUGGACUCUGUAGAAUGUCUUUGCACAGGAGGUUGAAAGAGGACAUUUAGGUGAACUGAGACAUAAGUGGAGCAUGUAGUUGUCCUUUGAAAUUUUCUGUUUUCUUGGACUUGGACAUCAACCCUUUACUCCAUCAUCACUUCAUCUUAGCCUGAACUGCAGACAGAAUGCCUCCUGAUGAUCAGAGGUAAAUGUCAUGUAAAAAUAUAUGAAUAUCUAUGGUUGGAAACUAAGUAAAACAUACCAUCACAGGCUCUAGUUUAAUGGAUACUCUGAAUUUGCUUUGAUUUCUGCAGAUAGCUUAGCAGAGAGGUUCAGCUGAUGUCCGUAGACUGAGACUGCUAAAAUCAUUUUUUCUCUUGUGUAGAGAGAAAGAGAGAGAGAGAGAGAGGAGAGAGAGAGAGUGUGUGUGAAUAAGAGCAUCAUUUAAGUGCAAUAUGUGGCAAGGGUAUCUAACAAGACUAUAAACACAUGCACACAGUCACACACAUUAAUGCACAGCCUUCACUCACUGAAUCGGAAGAGAUUUGUGAAAAACAUAACCGUGUGUUUUCCACAGAUAAUCACAUUAUAUCUGAUUUUCUUAUUUAAUUUUUUAUGCCAGUUUAAGAUGACAUGAGCGUAGAUGAUGCCCACUGAUGGAGUUGAGUAGAAAAAAAGUGCAUUGGAGACAUUCCUCCUUAACAUGACUAUGCCAAAGCCUUGUAUGUAUUAGAAUUUUUAACAUUAAGGGAUCUGAAUAGAUUUCUUUUGCCAUGAAACUUCUCUUUGUUGAGCGGAAAUCAGGAGCUGAUGUUUUUUCUAUUGAUUUCUGUAGCAGACUCUUUGAAGAUGACGCUAGGCUGUGGUUGCAGAUAACAAAAGUUAUGUACAGUAUUUAUGGUUUUGAUUUUUAGCGCCUUCUUUUACAGCACUUAAUUUAUAGAAUAUGUAGCUUUCACUUUUUUCUUUUUGAGUUGAAGAACAAGGAGGACCUGGCUUGAUUACCAGAAUAGAAAAAUGGGCAUAAUUGGGUUAGGGGUGUAACGGUACAGUCGACUCAUGGUUCGGCACGAUACACACUACAGGGUUCUUGUUUUGGAGUUGUAUGGCUCCAUAAAUGUCUCUAUAAGGCCCUGGAAAUAUAUUUUGUCUCUAAUCAUCUAAUGGCUGUUUCAAACCGAUCCAUCAAUCCCAAAAUUCACGUCACUCUGUAUCUAAACUCAGUCCCUCUGUCACCUGUUUGGGUGCCAAAUGCUCAGAUUUGCUUAAUUUUUCAAUAAUUUUUCAGCUCUGCGGUUCAUAUUAUGGCAAUUUUGUUCCAGGAAAUAUAGCGCUAAGAUGUAUUGUUACACCCCGAGUGCAUAAACACAGAUUUCAGUAUUGAUAGUUGGAGAACAAGAUGCAUGUGGUUUGUGAGACGAGUGCUUAAGAUAUGGAGUAGGUCAGAAGGACAAACGCUGAGCGCCUGCACGUGCCUUCUGAAGGCUAAAAGUUAAGCCAUUAAACACCCACAUACACACAGUGAAAUGUCAGCUCUCCCUCAUCCUGCAGCAGAUGUCUGGGGAAGUGAAGGGUGACUCCGACUUGUCCUUCUACACACACGUUAGCCUCAGGCUUUGGGGUUAAGCAGUGAUUGUCUUUUAUCCCUCCAAGCCUAGAAAACCUCAUUGCACUUUGCCAGCCAUCUGGGCACUUCACCUCAGAUUUCCCACUUCCCAAAUGCAUCCACAUUAGGUUAACUCUCCCGCUGUGAGAGCCGCUAAUAGUUAAGAGGAUUGGUUGGUUGUUUUGAUAGCUGCUAACUAGCUAGUAGGCUCAAGUGUAUAAAGUAUGAAAGUAUGAAAAGGAGCUUGUUUGUGAUUUUCUGCCCAGUUUAGCUUAUGAAGAACACAGGUCAGAGGUCAGUUUGAUGGUUUUAGCAAACAUUACAGGACUAAGUGACAUUUUUGGAAAUAUUAAACUCAGUUUCUUGUCAAGGGUUCGGUGCCGCUCUCAUGUCAGUAUGUUUAAUAUUAUUAAACUACAACCAGUUAGCUUAGCUUAGCAUAAAGAAUGGAAACAGGGGCGAAGAGCGAGCCUUGCUCUGUCCAAAGACCAAAACUGAAACUGUCUAGAUGCUCUAAAGCUCACAAAUUAACAUAUUAUAUUUUGUGUCUUUGUUUCAAAUAAGAUAUAAUGUGUUGAGCUAAGUUACCUUUCUAGCUGUUUCCACUGUUUUCAAGUCCUAAUGCUAAACUAGGCUAACCCACGACUGGCUGUAGCUUCAUAUCUAAUGAAUAGGCAUGAGAGUGGUUAUAAUCUUCUCUUUUAACUCUAAAAGAAUAUUUCACAAAAUGUUCAGUUACUCCUUUAAUGUCCUCUAACGUUAAGGUAGCAGAUGGGUUUUUUUUAUGUUCUGUGUGAUUCACAACAAAAUUAAUAUUUGUGUUCUCAGUGCCAAGAGCUGCCAAGUUACCGGUACCCAAGUAAAUGCUGUAUAUCUAUGCUGGCUGUAGAGUAACGGAGAGCUCCCUGCAGAGCAGAGUUAGUAUAUUUUCUGUGAACCGUAAGAAAAGAGCUACAAACACUCUCCAAAAGAGCUGGUAUCAGCGUGUCUAAAAAGGGUUACAGUCCUUCAAUGAUGGGUCCUAAGUUCACUGAGUUUUGGGCUUUAAAUAGUUCUACACUUUAGUUUGAUGGCUCUGUUCAUGCUUUUGUGAAACCGAUACCAAGAAAUUCAGUAACUUUAAAUGGAGCUAAUUAAGAAAGUUUGUAGAUUUUCUUUUAAAAAUCUGAAAAGAAACAUUUGCCUUAAGAAUAUACAGUACUGAAAUCCUGAAGUUGCAUUUUAGGUUUGAACCCAGUAACUCUCUUCAUUUUACAGACAUACAAGCAUGCACACACACGCUAACACAUCCUAGAAAUGAAGUAAAACUAAAGGUUUUUGAGAGAAUAAAGCAUGAUGCCAGCUAAAGAAAUGGAAGAUUUAAACGUAACGUUUUUCACCGUCACAUCAAAUUCAUUCAAUCAUUACUGUAACUCUCAGAAACUUGUAAGUAUAACCUCCUCAUGCCCGUAAGUGAAAGAAGUCUUUAUUGUUGUAAAUAUUGGUAUAUAUUGCCUUUUUUCUGUAAAUAGUGCACCCACGGUCAUCAAUUGUUGAUAUGAAUCUAAUUGCAUAUUUUUAUAUAUUUGUGUAAGGUUUGUUUUUUGUUUGUUUUUUUCUCCCUUCCUCCCUGGCAUGCGUGGUCAGUGACGUUUAAAUUAUAACUGCCAUAGAUCUUUCGAGAAGAAGACAAGAUGGCCUCUGUUGUUACCAGAGCGACUGAAAGAUGAGAAUUUUGAUGUUUUCACUGGUAGUCGUGUUAGCUCCACAACGUAUGUUUUGCCUCGUUAGGGACGUCGACGGGAAGGUAACGCAAUGUGGCAGGUCUUGCGCUGCCGCCUGGUCAUAACUCUGUUUAUCUCUGGCUCUGGUUGACAUCUCGCUGUUGUCAUGGUUACAGUCUAUCAGUUACUUCCUGUAUGUAGCUGUUCUUGUUUUUGUCACUGUGGGUUCCUCUUUGUAAUUAAAUCAGUUCACUGGU